AUGUCGGCACUGCUCUUCAAGGAGCUCGGCACAGCAGCGCCGGUCAGCCGUCUGGACACCGCCUCGAUCGAGCUGAUACGCCGGCGCCUGGCCAACGCAUCCCAGCGGCAGCGCCCGCUAGUGAACUUCAAAUACCGCACGGGCGAGGCAGAGGUCAAAGAAGCCGCAGUCCUGCUCGCCCUCUGCUCGGUCAACAGGCAGCUCUGUGUGCUGUUCGAGGAGCGCAACAACAAGCUCAGCAGCCAUAGCGGCGAAGUGUGCUUUGCCGGUGGCAAGGUCGACCCCACCGACAGGUCGUACGAGGACGCGGCGCUGCGGGAGACAUACGAGGAGCUGGGCAUUGCCAGGGAAGAUGUCCGGAUCAUCGGCUCGCUGCCGCCCGUGCCCAAUGUGUCGUAUACGAUACGCGUGCACCCUGUGGUCGGCGUUGUAGCUGGCGAGCUUGACCCAAGGAUGCUGAGGGUGAACCGGUCGGAGGUGCAUCGCGCGUUUGCGCUGCCGCUGGCGCACUUCUUUGAGCCAACGAACCGCGAGGCACAGUCGUUCCGGAGCAUGGGGGUCCACAUUCCCUCGUAUGCCAGCGACAAGAAGGGACUGAGGAUCUGGGGUAUGACCGCGUUUGUGCUGUACGAGUUUCUGCUGCGUAUCUGCCAGCCAAAGAACGACACACCAGGGCUGGAGGCGCCCAGGCUUUAG